AUGGAAAAACGACAAGCUAUCGAUCAAAGUGCUACUCCGGCUAAGAAGGGAAAGUUUUCUUGUCCAAAGUGUGAUAAAUCUUUUGAACACAAGAAGACUCUCACGAGACAUGUUACACAACAUGGAGAUAUCAAAUGGAAAUGUGGAGUUUGUAACAAAGAGUUUGCGAGAAAAGAUCGGAUGACGAGACAUGAGAAGGUUCACGGAAAACCACUACAUUUAUGUUGCGGAAAAUCGUUCUGGAGGGCUGAUAAAUACCAUGAACAUUUAAAAGCGCAUAACAAAAGCCAACACGGAGGAGCAUUGGAAAUAGCCGAACACGAAAACAAAGAAAAUGCCCAGCCUUCAAAAGAUCAACCAAUUAACACUGACAGAUUAAUUACAGAGAUGGAAAACAACUCGGCAAACCCGACUAUACAAGUUAAUCAGCCAACGGAGAAUGACGAAUGCCCUGAGGAAGCACUCGGUGGAUCCUUUAAAGUGGUCACUAUUCCGGCAGAGGGUAAAGCCAAAUUAGACGUCACAACAUCCCUUCACCAACACUACGACACCAUAAAGAAGAAAAUAGAGAGCGCAGUUAUUCAGGGGGGUGUCAAAUGGUACCUAUCGAUCCAAGUCCAAUUUUCGAAGCCAAAAGGAGAAACAGUGGAACGCGUUACACCUCAUUUUCGCGGGAAGUGCCAAAUUGCUCUGAAAUCUAAUGACAUUGACGAAAACAUGCGUGAAUCGAUACGAAAAAUUCAGAAUUCAUUCACAGAGUAUCAGCGCAAGGGUAGUAAUUGGACAUUAGACAAAGUGAUCCAAAUACAGAUACAUUUUGCCCGAUACAAACCUCUCAAAGGGUCCAGUUACAUACCACUACCAAUCAAACUGAGAUCUAAGCAGGCUGUCAUUAACAUUCAAAACAAGGACAACAAAUGCUUCAUGUGGUCGGUUCUAGCUGCUUUGUAUCCAGUCAAGAGAGAUUCUCAGCGUGUUACAAAAUACACAGAUCAUCAAGGUGAACUCGAUUUUUCAGGUAUUUCCUUCCCCGUCAAAGUAGCAGACGUCAGCAAGUUCGAGGCAGGGAACAAGAUCAGCAUCAACGUCUUAGGAUAUGAAAAAGGUUCACUAUUCCCAAUCCACGUGACAAAGCAAAGGUUUAAUCAACACGUAGAUUUACUACUCAUAUCUGAUGGACGGAGGUCUCACUACUGUUGGAUCAAGAACGUGGACCGGCUUCUGAGUGAUCAACACACACAUAAAAACCGCUAUUUCCACUGCAUGUACUGCCUGCAAGGGUUUACCAAGGAACGAAUUCUCAAUGACCAUAUCUCGUACUGUCGUGAGCACGGGACCCAGAAAGUGAAGCUACCUUCAGAAGAGGAUAAAUGGUUGUUCUACAAGGAAUUCAGAAAACAAUUAAAGGUGCCAUACAUAAUAUAUGCAGACUUCGAGUCAUUUCAAGUGCCUAUACAUAGAUGUGAGGUUGACCCGAAAAAAUCACAUACUGAGAAGACGACAUACCAUGUUCCUUCUAGUUUCGCUUACAAAGUUGUAGGUCUCACAAAAGAGACUUCUAAUGAUCCAGUGAUUUAUAGAGGACCAGAUGUGGCGGAAACGUUUGUAAAAUGUAUGCUGAGAGAGCAGGAAGAAAUAGAACAAAAAUUUAAAACCGUGAAGCAGAUGGUUAUGACGGGUAGUGAUUGGCAAGCUUUCAACCAUGCAGUAAACUGUCACAUUUGUGGAAAAGAGAUGGGCGAUGAUAGAGUGCGGGAUCAUUGCCACGUGACGGGAGCAUUCAGGGGAGCAGCUCACAACGAAUGUAACAUAAACUACAAGUUUACAGGACGCAUUCCGGUCGUCUUCCACAAUCUGAGGGGUUAUGAUUCCCAUCUCAUCAUGCAAGCAAUAGGAAAGAUGUCUGAAAAAGAAAUCAAAUGUAUACCAAAUAACAUGGAGAAGUACAUUUCUUUUUCCAUGGGCUGUAUGGACUUUAUCGACAGUUUCCAGUUUAUGGGAACGUCACUGGAGAAACUAAUAGCAAAUUUAUCUGUGGAAGGUAAGGACAAGUUCUCACACAUGACGCAACAUUUUGGUGACGAGAAAAUUGAACUCCUGCUUAAAAAGCAAGUGUACCCCUACGACUACUUCGAUGGCCCCCAUAAAUUUCAGGAGACUUGUCUCCCUCCAAAGGAAGCGUUCCGCAGCAGUUUGACGGGAGAGGAUGUAUCGGAAGAAAAGUACCAACACGCUUGCAAAGUGUGGAACGAAUUAGGUAUACACAAUCUUGGUGAAUAUUCGGACAUAUACGUCUUGACAGAUGUUCUAGGUCUCGCCGAUGUUUUCGAAAACUUCCGAAAUCUAUGUCUGGAUUCCUAUGGCCUCGACGCAGCUCAUUUUUACACCGCCCCUGGAUUGGCAUGGCAAGCAGCAUUAAAAAUGACAAAUGUCAGACUCGAACUGCUUACCGACAUCGACCAGCACUUAUUCAUUGAGGAAGGCUUAAGAGGAGGCAUAUCUAUGAUAAGUCACCGAUUUGCUGAAGCUAACAAUCCAUACGUCCCAGGUUAUGACCAAAUGAAACCAAGAGAAUAUAUCACUUACUUGGACGCAAACAAUUUGUAUGGCUGGGCCAUGUCACAAUACCUGCCGACUCAUGACUUUGCUUGGCUUACCGAAACAGCAAAAGACAUGCUUGAUAUCACAUCAGUCCCUGAUGAUGCAACAGAGGGAUACAUAUUGGAAGUGGAUCUAGAGUACCCACCCGACCUCCACGACCUACACAACGAAUACCCAUUAGCUCCCGAACGGGUGACUGUGGGUAAAGACGAACUGUCCGACUACAGCAAAGUCUUAUUUCGGAAGCUGGCAGACUGUGGAAAUCCACAUGAUUGUUUGGACCAUUACACCUCAGCACAGAAACUCGUUCCAAACCUUAGAAACAAGGAAAAAUAUGUGGUACACUAUAGGAACUUAAAACAAUAUCUUUCUCUUGGAAUGAAACUAACAAAAGUCCAUAGAGUGUUGACCUUCGAGCAGACGCCAUGGUUGAAAAUUUAUAUAGAUUACAACACGGAGAAAAGGAAACAAUCCCGAAAUACUUUCGAAAAAGAUUUCUACAAGUUAAUGAACAACAGCGUGUUUGGCAAGACCAUGGAGAACUUACGAAAGAGAAUGGACGUCAAACUUGUAAACAGUGAGAAGAAAGCAAUUAAAUUAACAUGCAAGCCGACAUUCCACGAGUUCAGAAUAUUCUCUGACGAUUUAGUCGGUGUUCACAUGCUCAAGUCGAAGUUGUAUCUAAAUCGACCAAUCUACGUUGGAUUCAGCAUUCUGGACAUCUCAAAAACCUUGAUGUAUGAUUUUCAUUACAAUUACAUCAAGCGGAAAUUUGAAUCUCAUGCCCGCCUUCUCUUUACCGAUACCGACAGUCUGGCAUAUACCAUUCAGACGGAUGACUUCUACCAACAUAUGUUAGAGGAUAGUGAUUUAUUCGAUACAUCAGAGUUUAGAAAAGACAAUCCCCUGUACAGUACAAAAAAUAAGAAAGUUUUGGGCAAAAUGAAGGAUGAAACACACGGUGACGCGAUACAUGCAUUUGUUGGACUUAAAUCUAAGAUGUAUGCGUAUACAUACAAUACCAUGGAAGAUAUUGAUGGUACAGAAGUGAUGACACACGUUGAAUCGAAGAAGGCGAAAGGUAUCAAGAAAUAUGUUAUCGAAAACCACACUCGUUUCGAGCAAUACAAGGAAUGUCUUCUUCAAAACAGAAUUAUUUUGUCUCAAAUGAAUCAAAUCAGAAGUUUCAAGCACCAACUCUAUAACAUAUCGAUGACUAAAAUAGGUCUGUCACCUUUUGACGACAAACGAUAUCUGCUAGACGAUGGGAUCACUAGCUAUGCAUACGGCCACUGGAGGCUACAAAGUAAGGAGAGUGAACUAUCCUAG